AUGGCUGGUCGAAGGAACAACGGUGAGAUUGGUGGUCAGAACAACCAGUUCCUAGAGGGACUUACAGCACUUCUACGGGAGCAGAAUCGUAUUCAUGGGGAGCAGAUUCAGCAACUAUUGCAGGCUAGAGAACAGGAGAGCACACCUAGACGUCCUACCCCGAGUGCACACCCGGUCUACAAGCAAUUUCGAGAACUUGGACCAACGGAGUUUAAGGGCACCACGGAUCCGAUCAUUGCAAAAGGAUGGAUUCGAUCUCUGGAGAUGAUAUACGACUUCAUGCAGCUUACAGAUGUAGACAAGGUCAAGUGCACAAUAUUUAUGCUGCGAGAUGAUACACGAGUAUGGUGGGAAGGUGCACGGUUGACAGUUGAUGUGGCUACAUUGACAUGGGCUGAUUUCAAGGAGGUAUUCUACGGGAAAUACUUCACUACUGACAACAGAACUCGACUGACAAGGGAGUUCUUAGAACUGUGCCAGGGAGAUUUGACGGUGGCUGAGUACGUCAGGAGGUUCAAGAGGGGACGCUACUUUGUACCCAUGAUUGCCAGCCAAUCGGUCGAGGAGCUGAAGCACUUUACAGAGGGAUUGAGAGCUGUCAUUCGCCAUGAUGUCAGACUAAGCCGGGUCACCACCUUCAGGGAGGCAGUUGACCAAGCACUGAUGUCUGAAAGGGACAGAAACGACAUGAUCAAGGAAGCCCAGAACAAAAGAUUAAGUUAUCAGGGAAGGGAUCAACAAGAGUCGGGCAAGAAGAAGUCAUUUUCUAGCCAGCAUCAGGGCAAGCAACCGCCUAAACAGACACAACCACACCAACAAUCACAACCAACUGAAGGUAUUGCUUCCAAGGUUGAGAACAAAGUUCGAUGCCUCAAGUCCGAGAAAAUUCAUGCUGGACAAUAUUUGAUGGGUACCGAUGUUUGCUAUAUGUGUAAGAAGACAGGACAUUUUGCUAGGGACUGUCCUCAGCUCAAGGAGCCAACCAAAGGAAGGUAUACCAGCUCAUACAUUAAUGGUGCCGCCCAUUCAUUUAUAUCUGCAGCUUACAUUGCAAAAUUAGGAAUUACACCUGCACAAAUGAUUAAGGGAUAUAGUGUUUCUUUGCCUUCUGGGGAGGAAUUACAUAGUAACAGGGUGGUAAGAAACUGUCAGAUGAUGAUGCAAAAUCGUAUCGUGGGUGUAAAACUUAUUGUACUAGAUAUGGUGGAAUUUGUUGUAAUCCUCGGAAUGGAUUGGCUGACUCAGCACGAGGCAGUCAUCGAUUGUAAACAACAGACCGUUAGGUUGAAGCUACCUACCGAGGAAUUCUUCAUUUUUCAUGCAGUACCAAGACUGACCUUUCCUCACAUGAUUUUAAUGUGUAAAGCUCGACGAAUGCUAAACAAGGGGUGUAAGGGCCUCUUAGUUAAUACCACGGUUAAAUCAGAGACUCGGCGACCAAGUUUAGAGGAAGUGGAGGUAGCGCGAGACUUUCCAGAAGUGUUUCCAGAGGAUGUUGGAGGGCUACCCCCGAUUCGGGAGGUGGAGUUCGGAAUAGAAUUGGUACCAGGAACUACACCGGUGUCAAAAGCACCAUAUCGACUGGCGCUAAUCGAAAUGAAGCAAUUAAAGGAGUAG